AUGAGCGCACCGAGUCUUUUGAUUGGUUGUUUGAUACAUUUUUGCACUCAAUGGGGAGGAAAAGUCCCAUUACAAUUAUGACUGAUCAAGCACAAGCGAUUGCAGCGGGUAUAAGAAACAUUUUUCCUUCAACUGUUCAUCAUCGUUUAUGUGUAUGGCAUCUUGAACAAAAUUCUAAGAAACACAUUGGAGCAUUGAGAGCUUUGGAAGGCUUUACAGAUUUGUUUGGAUAUCUUUUGAAGUAUUGUGAAACUCCUGCUGAAUUUGAAUAUUUCUGGAAAAGGAUGUGUGAUAAAUACAAAUGUGAAAAUGAUGAUUGGUUAUGUGAUUUGUAUAAAAUAAAGGAAAUGUGGUGUCCUGCUUAUUCUAAGAAGUAUUGGUCUGGUGGUAUAUUGUCUUCUCAACGUAGUGAAACUACUAAUAAGUCAGUUUCACAACGUCUUAAUAAGACUCAAGGUUUAUGUGAUUUUUAUCAUGUUUUUUCUUGAUGUCAUUUCUGAGUGGAGAAGUAAGGAAGGUGCAAGAGAUUACAAUACUCUGAGGGGUAAUAGGCACCUAGCUUUUGCUAAUAUUGGUAUAUUAGAUCAUGCAAGAUCAUUGUACACUAUUCAAGCUUAUGUUCUUUUUGAAGAGGAGUUCAUUAGGGGGACAGCUUAUGAUCAUGUUGAUAAUGGUUUGCGUUUUCCAGAAUAUUCAUAUCUUCUUUGGAGGCCUGGGAAGGAUAUAAUUAAGCAUGAAGUUGUUUUUAAUAAGGAAACACAUGCAAUUUGUUGCACAUGCAUGUACUUUAGUGAGACUGGUUUACUUUGUUCUCAUUCUCUUCGAGUAUAUCAUUUGCAUUGUGUGCGUAAUAUUCCACAAGAGUAUAUAAUGAAACGAUGGACAAAGGCUGCCAUGUGUAGUCAUGGUAUUGAAGAACCUACUUUGAGGACAAAUGUUGUGGCUACUAGUGUUUGGAGGUCACAAACAAUCAGAAAGUUUGUUAAGUUGAUAACAAGUUGUCAGAAUUCUUUGAAUGCAAGGGCAGAGGUUGAGUGUUAUUUCAAUCUGUUAAAAGAAAAGGUUGAGAGUGUAUCAGGUGUAAUUGACUUUAGUGAACCUGUUAAAGAGGUUGAAAUUGUUGAUCUUGAGAUCAAGAAUCCUCCAAAAGCUAGGCCUAAAGGUGAGAGGAAUGUAAGGCCUAAGAGUACCUUGGAGAAGCAGUGUAACAAGGCAAAGGGUAAU